AUGUUCCGUUUGAGCUCUCGUCUGUCCAACAACACUGCCGCACAGGCCGUUCAGUCGGUUCGCGCGUUGUCGAACCAGACCGGAUUGACUGCCAUGGUCGGAUCGGCCAACAUGGCCCGUAUGCGCGGCAUGACUGGUGUUCUUGCCCAGUCUGCUUCAUAUUCCAGCGUGCCUCGCCAAAUGACCCAGCAAAUGACUCUCAAGGAGGUUGGCAUCAUGGACCCAUAUGUGAUCCCUGAGAAGGAGAACCGCCCUUCGCUGUUCAACGACUACAAGACCUGGAUCAAAUACGCCAAGCUCCGUAUGCGCAACACCGGCAUGACCGCGGCCAGCACGCUGGGAAUGUGCUGGAAGCUGAAGGAUUUUGGUAUCACAGGACGGUUUAUGAGCGAGUCAGAGGAGGCAUAUAUCGGGAUGAACGAGGCAUUUGCCAAGGGCGACCGCAAGUACCUGGAGGAGAUUUGCACGCCGUCGAUGUACGCUAAACUGAAGGGCCAGCUCAAGGACCGUGUCGGACGCUAUGAGUGGAAGUACCACGGACUUGUUGAGAAGCCCCAGAUUGUAUCUAUCCGACAGGGCCAGAUCGGAGGACACGUUCUCAUUCAAAUGAUCGUGCGCCUUCACUCCAACCAGAGCAUGGGAGUGUUUGACAAGAAGAACAAGUUGAUUGCAGGAGACUUGAAAAAGACGGUGCCAGUGUUGGAGUACCUUGUAUUCCAGAGAUACAUUACCGACCCAGAAGACAACUGGAGAAUCCUCGGAAAGACUGCUCCUUCCCCCGUCAGCUCAUAG